AUCGAUUAUCUGUCUAAAAUUGUCUUUGGUUUCAUCACAUGACCCUUUAUUUUGUUCCCGUGAUCAAAUUGAGAAAAUUCAAAAAUAAUAAAGCGCAAUGGCUAAAAUUGAAAAAGUUGAAAUAGAGUUACAUGAAGAUUCAAUUGACAGUGAUGAUAGAGAGUUUUUGGAUUUAGUAGAAGAACCUGCAUAUGGAAGUGUAACCAGCGAAAGGCCACAAUUAGUAACUCACACGUAUUUAGAAGGUAAUGAAGACGAGGACAGUUCCUCUUAUAACUUUAGAGAUUUAUCUGGUUCUGUGGCUUACAAAAUAGUGCAAAUGGAUGAAGAAGAGCCAACAAACAAUAUGACUUCAGAAUCACCAACUCAUCUUAUUCCAAGUGGAGAAUUCUAUAUAAUAAAUAACCCAGUAGAGGUUUUUAGCUCAGAUUCUCAAAAGAAACCAAUUAAACGAGAACCAUUGCAAGCUAAAGCUGCUACUGCUAAAAAGCGUGAUGAUAAAAGAAGAGCCACCCAUAAUGAAGUUGAAAGACGGAGAAGGGACAAAAUUAACAGCUGGAUUACAAAGAUAGCAGACAUGAUACCUAACUGUGGCCAAGCAGACACUGCCAGUAAAGGAGGUAUCCUGGCAAAAGCAUGUGACCACAUUGCUGAUCUCACUAUGAAGACUAAGAAAUUAGAACAAGUUGAAAAAGAGAAUGCCAAGCUAGUACUAGAAGUGUUAAGGCUUAACAAGGAGCUGUCAGAAUUACGAAAAGAGAACUCUUCAAUGCGUAUACAGUUGGCUGACAACUGUAUAGUGGCAAAUUUACAACGGGCCAAAGGACAGAAGUCCUAGUGUAUAUAAUGAUAGUGACCUUGUGGAUUGUGAAGUGUUAUGUUUACAAUUGAAGUGAUUUUGGUUGAUUUCGUCCUAGGGCCCAAAAGUGAGUAGUGGCAAUUUGGUAGAUAAUGAAUAAUAAUACAAAUAGUAGAUAAAAUUAAAUAAGGUAAGAAAACAUUUAACACACACACACACACUUUUUUUUUAUUGAUUAACUGAAUUAAGUUGUACUUUAUGUUAACUCCAUAAUUGAAUAAAACUAAGCAGUUUUCACUAUUUUACCAAAUGUGUCUUUUUGUCAAAUAAUGGUUUGGUUGUCAGGAAAAAGAGACAAGAUGAAAUAUAUAUAUAUAUUUUUUUCAUGUACACAAAGUUUUUAUAUUACAAGUCAGUUCUGGUUUUUAUUUUUACUACAACUGAUUGCAAUUUGGUAAUCCUAGACAUGUACAUCAUGAUAGCAUCUCAGAACUGUUUUAUUUUUUUAUGAUGGGCUUUAGGGUGGAUAUCUGUAGCAAUUUAUAAAAAUAAUAUUUCCUAAUAUUAUUGCUUUUGUUUAGUGUUAUGGUGUGAGGUGCUGGAUUUAUUCGCUCCAUGCUAACACUUCAAACAAAUUUUACUAUAUUUAUAUGAUGUUGCUUUAUAAGUUACUAUCAUUAUAAUUCUUUUAAAUUAAUUUAAGAAACUUUUUAAUUUAAACUUCAUGCAAAUUUAUUUUACUUUAUUCAUAACAUUUAUAUCUCAAAAGUUUAAUGAUUGAGAUUUAUUUGUCAACUUUAAAUUAAAUUAAUAAUUGUAUCGAUUGGUAGUUAAAGCAAAUAUAAGUUGAAUGAACUACAGGGCACCUAAAUAACUAAUAAGCCGUAAUGGGCCAAAAUUGGCUGGAACUGUUUGACCAAUCUCUAUAAUUUAUUUGUACGAACACUUAACUAAUAUUUUGAAAUACAAGUUAUAAAGUUACUCACAAAAGGACACUUCAUUACUUGAUGCAAUUUAAGUUAUAGAGAUUAGACAAGUUAACACAGCCAUUCUGUUCAAUUUGAACAUUAUUUUAUAAGAUUAAUUAGAUUGUAGACUUUUUUUUACGUCAAAGUAAGUUUAGUUUUUUGUAAAAUCAUGUUGUCUUUUUUAUUGAAAUUCUAAAUUUUAGUUAUGUUUUAUGAAUGUGUUUUUGGAUUGGUGGAUUUGUGAAAAUAGUGUAACAAAAUAUCAGACGGUGUUGCUAGUUAACAAUUAAAGCCGGUAACCAUUUAAACCAAAAAAUGAAUUAUUUAACAGAAUGGUGGCCUUAAUAAUAUGCAAUGGUAAAUAUCUGUUUUAUAUUGUAGCUUAUAUGAAAUAAUUGAUUAAAUAUAGCUUCAAUUACUUGUUUGGUACAAAUAUGAAAACUGUAAAAGUGAUUUGGUAUGAUUGCAAUAUAAAAAUUUAUAUAAUUCCACUAGGGUUAGAGGAGCUUCUUACUUUUUAUUACUAUUUAUAGUUUCAAUUUAAAAUUAGAAUAUUUUUUUUAUUACUAGCUUUAACCAGACAAAGUUAUUUGAGAAACCAAGUAACAAUUGAAAGCUACGAGGAAAAAACUUUAUAUUUCAAAUGAAAUAAUUCCACAAGAAAUUGCUCCCUUAACCCCAACAAUAUAUUACAAUUAGGCUAUAAACGGUGAUCUUUAUCAUAAAAGUAUUAUUUCUCAAUCAAAAUUAUGAAUUUGCAGCGCCGUUGUUAUAUAGAAGUGCCUAUGUGUAUGAGACCAUUGUUAUUUUUGUAUAUAAUUGUUCCAUAUCACUACAAUCUAAUGGCACUGAUGAGAGAUUAUUAGUGCUCUUAGGUCUAAGCGUUCAUGAAUAAAUUAUAUGACGUUGUAGA